AGCAGCUUUGUGACGUCACUCUUCUAGUUCGGCACCCUGUUCCGUCCUGUGGCUGCCUGAUCACCCCCGCCGAAAACGUUUUUUUUCCCCCGAAUGAACAUGGCCGCAGGUCCACUUUCUGUGUCUUCAACCACGUCAACAAACAACGAUGGCAUCCUCAUUGGUGAUAAAGUUUAUUCCGAAGUGUACCUUACGAUUGACAACUCGCUCAUCCCCGAGGAAAGGCUCUCUCCGACGCCGUCAAUGCUUGACGGCCUCGACCUACACACGGAAACCGACCUUCGCAUUUUGGGAUGUGAGCUGAUUCAAUCGGCGGGCAUUCUUCUCCGUUUACCACAGGUGGCGAUGGCAACUGGGCAAGUGCUGUUUCAUCGAUUCUUUUACUCCAAGUCUUUCGUCAAGCAUAGUUUCGAGAUUGUUGCAAUGGCUUGUAUUAACUUGGCCUCCAAGAUUGAAGAAGCACCCAGGCGAAUAAGAGACGUUAUCAACGUUUUUCAUCACUUGAAGCAGAUUAGAGUAAAAAAGACUCCAAGUUCAUUGAUUCUUGAUCAGAACUACAUAAACACCAAAAAUCAAGUCAUCAAAGCUGAGCGGCGUAUUCUCAAGGAACUGGGCUUCUGUGUGCAUGUCAAGCAUCCGCACAAGAUAAUUGUCAUGUACUUGCAAGUCCUGGAGUGUGAAAAGAACCAAACGCUGGUCCAGACCGCCUGGGUAGUCCGUGCUGGUAAGUCACAUAAAGAACCUCUGAACUCUGCCUCCUCCAACCACAUGACCUCAGGAAGCCUCCCCCCUUUGGCUGGCUGCCCCUCUCCGCACAGCCAGUCCCAAUGCUGAGACUCGUUGAAGGGGGCGCGGCGCGCUCGCUGGGGCCUUUCCCAACAGCCUACAUCGUCUUAUUUUCUCUUGGCUCCCCACAAGGAUUUGUAUUUUUCUUUGUGCCAAGGCUCUUAGGAUCACAUUGUUACCAUAUUUUAAUUACAUUCUAGUUUACUCUUACUGAGUAUUGACCAAAGUUAGUUUUUGGAGCAGGUAAAAACUUAAUAGUAUAGCAUGUCAUGUUCCAAACUGACGUGUUGUCCAGACAUGUCUGUUUUGCAGGCGGAUCCAGUUCUCAGGUUUUGCCUUCCGGGACCCUUCUUGCUCUGCACCAGUCAUAAUUCAACACAGUUAGCAUGUUGUUGGCAUAGUUUUAAUCCUGAGCCAUUGAAGUAUCUUAUGGUUCCUUAAUUAGACUGUAACAGCUGAGUGUGCUGAAUAUCAGCGUCUUCUAGAUGAAGGAAAACAUGUAGAAUGGAGGAGGAACAUAGCAAAGAUUUUUUUUCUUUCAUUUUUGCCUGGCCAAUUAAUUUUUUGUGAGGGUUGGUUUUCAGGUUUGUUCAGUUGCAUUUUACCAUUUUGCUCCUCAUAGACUACGUUUGGUUUUAAUCCUUUUUUGUCUGUCUUCCAAUGACAUUGAUUACUCAUGUUUUUGCCCGAUAUACACCCCAUUUUUGAAUGUCACCACUUUUCGUUUAUCCUUUGAAAUAUCAAGUGUGCAUUUUUUUUUUGGGCACAGCAAUUUCAUCCAAGACAGCAAUCCUCUGAUCAUAGUCUUGUCUCCAAGUCUGAUUUGGAUAAUGAAUUACGAUGACAAAGUUUGGCCUCGUAAGCUUGCACACCGCUGGCUUUCCCGGAACUAGCUUCUGUGCAUGUUGACCGACUUUAAAUGCUUUUGCUUCCUGGUCCCUUCAGAUCUAACAAUCUGAAUGUGGCAACUGUGGCGUCGAUACAUUUGAUACAUCUAAAACGUGUGCAUGUUCCCAUGGCAUGUGUCAUCACCUCAUCUGCUCAUGGCAAGGUGUCGUGUAAGGCUGGCAGGUCUUCAGAUGGAAAUUAUGUGACAAACACCACUGCCGUGAACACCCCAGAGAGAAAUGGGCAAAGUUAAACAUUACAGACCCCAAGUUUAACUUAACUAGCUAUUCGGGGAUCUUAGCAGCUCGACAUUUCAGCUACUGCUAUACAGUGGUACAGCAAAUUUGAAUUUCGAAGUUGUAUUUCCGAUCAAAAUCUCAUAUGAAAUCAGUUAUUCCAGAGUUACCACCAUUAAAACCUUAGCCAAAGUUACAUUAUUGUAACAAGUUAAAAGUUGACUGAUCUGAUUUUGAUGUUUUGGCGAAAGUAUAAAAAGUCACGGCAUAUGUUUUAAUCACAAGUAACAAGUGUAGCUGCCAUGAAAAAAUGUAAUAUGGGUCAUCCAAAUCUGCAGUGGGCGCUUGUCACUAGUCAUAAUAUCUAAAUCAAUUAUUUUUGUUUGGUAAAGCUUGAUGACUUUAGGGAGCCAGUGGAAGCAAAACUCGGAAGUAAAAAGGCAUGAAAACAAGCAAUCGUGCCAAACAUUAACAACACUUAUUUGUGAUCAGUCGUCCAUGGCUGAUGGUGGUGGUCUCCAAAUAUGACACCUCACUACUAAUUGACUUAAUUU